CACCUAAACAUCAAGUACUCUCACCAGCCGUGCCUUUCCGCUUUUCUGUUCAGUUCUUACACCGUGACUUGAAUCGAAACAAGCGAAGCCGGGAUCGUUGACAAUGAAGUUCUUCUCUCAAUCCUUCUUGUACGACGAUCCCUGGUCCAUAGUCUCUCUUGCCUUCUUUCUUCGCUAUCCUAACCCAUACGCUGCCCAUGUCAUCUCGUGCGAUGUCAUUGAUAGGCACCAGACAGAGUCGGGCUCCUUAUUGACAACAAGACUUAUCUUGAAAAGAGGAGCAUUACCAAGAUGGGCUCCUCAAGGAAUUAUCUCCAGGGCGGAGUCGUGGGUCAUCGAGGAGAGCGAAGUGGAUCCCUUUGGAAAGGUUGUUCGGUGCAGGACUAAAAACCUUGAUCAUGUCAAGGUUAUGCAGGUUGAGGAAACCCAACUAUUCGAGCAAAACGAAGAGGGGUACGUGUCACUUAUACGACACACCCGACCUGCACUAACUGCUGUCUCGAGCAGUCGUACUGUGCAGACAACGGAGGCAUACAUUACCUCCAAGUUCGGCUGGGGAAUGACAAAACGAAUUGAGAGCCAUGGACUCGCUCGGUUCAAGGCUCACGUUCAAAGGUCUCGGCAGGGUGUUUCCCUUAUUCUUGACCUUAUUCGCCAGGCUCGAUUGCAGCCUAUGGCAUUAGGCUCGUAUAUAUCUCAUCUCCACUCAGAUCAUUCUUUCGCUUCUACGGACACUCCGACUUCGUCCCACACCUCAGACAGUACUGGACAUGCACCAGAGGAGUAUUCUACGACUGAAAAUACUUGGCUGGGCAAAAUAUGGGGCAAUAGGUGAUCAGUUCGGUGCUCUUUUUUAUUUACCUGCUUUUUCCUUCACAUAAUUGGUUUUAGUUUUACCAUUCUGCACUCAUUGUAUCAUUAGUGGCACUAUUACCCUCACAAAUGUUUUCACGGUCA